GCAGCAUGAUGCAGAUCACCAAGGCACUCCAAGCGACCGCGGACUGGAUCUGAUCGACUCCCUGCCGACACACGACCAAGCCGAGCCGCACAAGCCGCACGAGCCGCCCAUAGCCCCUGCGACAUCUGUCUCCGAGCCUCGCCGCCGCUGCCCACAUCCCGCGCAUACGCAUCCCUCGUCCGGCCCAACAGCAGCCAUGCGCUUCCUCGUCUGGAAGAACCAAAAGGUCAAGCAGCUCUUCGAUCCCAAGAAGCAGCUGAUCCGCAUGUCAUGGGACAAGUACAACCUCUACAACCUUGCCCAGCGCACCAACCGCACCGACAUCUCGCGAGGAUCCGUCUACCAGCAGCGCUUCACCUGCAAGCGCGAGGUGCGAUCGUAUCACGGCAACGAGAUCUGCGAGCGGCAAUUCCUCGAUCGGCACUUCAACACAAAGCUGCCCACCCAGCUGCUGACUCGCAAGGAGCGGGAACAGACCCCGCCCAUCCAGGCGCUCAUGUUUGCCGAGCUCGAGAGGAGACUCGACGUUGUCAUCUUCAGGAGCCACUUUGCAUCAAGUGACCUGCAGGCCCGAUCGCACGUCGUCCGAGGCCACGUCAAGGUGAACGGCGUCAAGUGCAUUCAUCCGUCGCGCCGGCUCGAGGAUGGCGACAUCGUCACUGUCUCUCCCUCCGUCGUGCCCACCCUCAAGGCAACCAACCCCGAGCAGCCCAACGAGCGCUCCUUUGCGCCCGUGCCCUUCAUGGGACCCUUCAUGUUCAUCCCCGAGUACCUCGAGGUCGACUACAACACCUGCUCGACAGUCUUCCUCCGAUCGCCGCUGCCACAACCCAACGCCGUCGAGAUCCCGUCACCGCACCCUCCCCAGCUGCACCAGCUCGCCUUUGAGUGGUAUGCCCGCCGAUACCGUGCCAAGACCCGGGUUGCCGUCAAGGCUCCCCUGGUCAUCAACGGAAAGACUGUCCGCUUGAAGCCCAAGUUUGACCGCAUCAUCCGACGGGAGCAGCAGCUGGAGGCCCAGAAGCGCGCCAGCCUCUCCGUUGCCCGUCGAUCGGAGGAUCACUGGCAGUCGCAACAUGCCAAGCCAAAAUCGACCCGAGCAAACCAACAGGCCAAUGCGACUGAAACCAAGUCGCCAGCAGCCGAGACCUCUGCCGAGCGCUAUUAGUAAUAUAGUCGACACAGUUCUGUCAUUCCA